CUUGGUAUAGACAGGUAAUUUUGUAAAUAAAUUCAGCUUCUAUCCUGGUUAUUUGUUCGUUGUUUCCUCUUGUUCGUCUUCUCGCAUAGCUUUCGUUCUUCUUCCGCAGCUUUCUUCCACAGCUUCUUAUAGCUUUUAUUCGUCGAUCGCUUCUUCCUUCUCAGCUCACAGUUGUUGUCGAUCUUCCCAGUUUUCUUUUGAUCGUACAUCUGUUUCCUUCGAUCUUCCGCAGCUUUCACCAUUUUUCCUAGCUUCGAUUUUACUUCGCCUUAUAUUUUUAUAUAUUGACCAUAUGGCUAAUUCUCGAGAUGGUAUUUCUUCCAGUGGAAGAUUAAUUGACGAUAUAGAAUCCAGAGGUGAAAUAGUUGGAGCUGAAUCAAGUAAUAUUUUUUUAAAUUGCAACUCAUAUACUUUGUUAUUCUUUGAUCAAUCUGUUUUAUAUUUUUCUCAUGCAUUUAGAUUUCUUGGAUUAUGCUGUUAACUUUGAGUGAAGAUAGAUCUUGUCUGUACAACAGAAUCUUUCUGUCGGGCCAAUUGACCUUUCUUCUAGUUUUGAGACUGUAGAACUUUCUCAUGAUCCUGUUUGUGUUGAAACAUUGGAGUUCGAUAUUCUAAUUUGAGAAAGAGGGAUAGUGGUCGUGGCUUUAGAGGAAGAGAGUUUUGUUGUACUAAGCAAGGUUUGAAAAGGAAUAAAGGUGUUAUUUGUAAGUAGUACACAAAAGUUGAUCAUCGUACUAAUUGUAAGGCACAAAUUUAUUUUGAGAUAAAAUCUACCGGUGAGUGGGCUGUUGUUAGGCACGUUAUGGAUCAUAAUCACCAGUUUUGCCCGAACUCAUUAGUGCAUCAUGUUAGAUCUCACCGUUCUAUUUCUUCUAGUGAGUUAAACUAUGCAUCAUUUGAAAAACAAAGGUGUUAAGAUAGCAGAUGGAUUUUGAUAUUUGCAAGCGGAAGCAGGCAGAUCUCCUUCGGUUGGUGUACUUUUACGUGAUGCAUACAACGAAUUGACAAAAUAGAUCUAAAAAUUUUUGAUGGUUGUGAUGUUAAUACACUGAUUAACGUUUUUAAGAACAGACAGUCAAAUGAAGAAGAUUUCUUUUCUCUUUUGAGAUAGAUGUGGAUGGUUCCUUAGUUAGUUUUUUUGGAGACAAAAAAAUGAAAGAUGAUUACUUAGCUUUUGGUGAGCUAAUUGUUCAUGAUACGACCUAUCGUACUAAUAAAUACGAUAUGAUAUGUGGACCGUUUGUAGGUGUUACCCAUCAUACCCAUACCUGUAUAUUUGGUUGUGGGUUUCUUCUCAAUGAGAGAAUUGAAUCUUUUGAAUGUCUUUUCACUACUUUACUGAAUUCAAUGGAUUCUGUGCAUCCAAUCACUGUUAUGACAGAUCAGUCAUCAUCUAUGGCUGCUGCAAUAGCUAUAGUCUUUCCUUCUUCGAAGCACCGUCUUUGUAUAUGGCAUAUCAUUGAAAACUCUAAAAAACAUAUACGAAGGAUUUUUGGAUUUAUUUGAUCAUGUUUUGAAACUCUGUCACACUGUUGCUGAAUUUGAUUAUUACUGGAAUAGGUAUGUUUCAUUGUGUGUAUAUUUACUUUUAUGUUUUCUGCAUUUACAUUCAACCUGUUUGUAUGAGUACACUACUUAUCUGUAAUGAGUAAUAUGUUUUAUAAAAUGAGUAUAUUGCUUCACAUUUUGCAGGAUGUUUUCUGCAUAUUACAUAAUGACAUAGAUCAAUCAUCAAAUGUGUAGCCUGAAAAUUACAUGAAAUGUGGCAUGGACAUGUAAAUUUUCAACUGACCCUUCUUUAAUUAACUUUAAACUUUAAUGACUUAAGUGUUCAGAAUACACCAAAUGUCAAACUUUAUUCUAAUCAGAAAACAAAUACAUAACUUAUAAACUCCCUCUAAACUCGAUGUUCCUCAAAAUCAAUGACUCCCAAGUGAGCAGUGUGCUCAUGAAAAACUUUUGGUGGGAGAACCUAGGUUAAAGGAUCCGGUAGCAUGGAGUUUGUACUUAUAUGUUCAAUAGCGACCCUUUUAUUUUGAACCCUUUCUUUAAUAGCUCGAUAUUUCACUUCAAUGUGUUUUGUCUUACUCGAGCUCUUGUUGUUGUUAGAGUAAAGCACCGUAGAAUUGUUGUCACAAAAUAUCUUGAUAGGCUUUGGUAGUUCAUUUAAUAUUUUUAGCCCAUCAAUAAAAUUGUGCAUCCAUAUUCCGUGGUUUGAAGCUUCAAAACAGGCCAACAACUCUGCCUCCAUAGUUGAGGUAGCUAUCAUAUCUUGCUUAACACUUUUCCAAGAUACAACACCACGUGCUAGUAGAUAAACAUAGCCUGAAGUAGAUCUACUAGUGUCUUUGCAGCCGGCAAAAUCAGAAUCGGAGUAUCCAAUGACCUCCAAAUGGUGUGAUUUUCUAUAUGUGAGCAUAUAGUCUCUUGUUCACUUCAAGUAUCUCAUAACUCUUUUGGCCGCCACCCAAUGAGCCAUUCCUGGAUUACUGAGAUAUCUGCCUAGCAUCCCAACAAUGUACGCAAUAUCCGGACGCGUACAAACUUGAGCAUACACAAGACUUCCUACAACAGAUGCGUAGGGAAUCUUUUUCAUUUCUUGAAUUUCCAGAUUUGUUUUAGGGCAUUGAUCGAGACUAAACUUGUCUCCUUUAGAGAUAGGAGUAUCACCCAGUCUACAAUCUUCCAUGCCAAAUCUUUUAAGAACUUUAUCGACAUAGUUCCUUUGUGAUAACCUUAAGAUUCCUUGUGAUCUCUCAUGAAGGAUUUCAAUUCCUAAUACAAAGGAGGCUUCACCAAGAUCUUUCAUUUCAAAAUGUUUUGAUAGAAAUCUCUUGGUUUCAUGCAACAUGCCUAUGUCAUUCGUGGAAAGAAGAAUGUCAUCAACAUAUAAGACCAGGAAAAAGAUUUUACUCCCACUGAACUUAUGAUAUACACAAUCAUGUACAUCAUUCAUCUUAAAAUCAAAGGAUAAAAUGACUUAAUGAAAUUUGUGAUACCAUUGACGAGAAGCCUGUUUUAGCCCAUAGAUGGAUUUUGUUAAUUUGCAAACCAUUUGUUUUGGAUCUCCUAUCAGAAAAUUUUCUGGUUGCACCAUAUAAAUAGUUUCAUCAAUGUCGCCAUUGAGAAACACUUUCUUAACAUCCAUCUCAUGAAGCUCUAGAUUAAAAUGUGAAACUAAAGCCAUAAUGAAUCUAAAAGAGUCUUUUGAUGAAACCGGAGAAAAGGUCUCUUUAUAAUCAAUUCCUUCCUUUUAAGUAUAACCUUUAGCUAUAAGACGAGCUUUAUAUCUGUCCACAUUACCCCUUGAAUCCCUUUUGGUUUUAAAUAUCCAUUUACAACCAAUGGGUUUACAACAUUCAGGUAAUGGCAUGAGUUCCCAAACUUUAUUGUCUUGCAUGGAUUUAUACUCCUCAUUCAUUGCAACAAUCCAUUUUUGAGCAUUUGAACUUUUCAUGGCUUGAUGGAAGUUGAUUGGAUCAUCUUCCAUAACAUCAUUUUCUUCCUCAUGUUCUUGAAUAAACACAAGGACACCGUUCACUGUAUCCAUGCUUGACACAUGUUCUUGGAGAUAUACAACAUAAUCACUUGAAUUGCGUAUCUCCUUUCUCUAGUGGAUCGCCGCAAUGGCACAUUUCCUUGUUGCACUUGUUCUAAAGGAAGUUGAGUUUGUUCAUUUUGAACAAUUUGUUCAGUUUGGAAAAGAGAAGAUGAAAUAAUGCCUUGUUAAGGUUCAUCAUUAGUUUCAAAAGAAACAUCCAUAU